AAUUGUCUAUGAUCCAUUUCACUUCCGCCCGGCAUUGACGAGAGACGCAUCGUGUUCGGCUUCGUCAUUGUGUCGCCUCAUAGGGAUUAAUUCAUUGGACAAAACUGAAUAAAAUGUCUGCACCACGAGUUUUCUUCGAUGUGGUUGCCGAUAAUUCAGCCCUGGGAAGGAUUGUGGUUGAGUUAAGAACAGAUGUUACCCCCAAGACAUGUGAGAAUUUCCGUGCCCUCUGUACUGGCGAAAAAGGAUUCGGUUACAAGGGAUCCACCUUCCACCGAGUGAUCCCCAACUUCAUGUUGCAAGGAGGUGACUUUACAAACCACAAUGGCACUGGUGGCAAGUCCAUCUACGGUGAGAAGUUUGCUGAUGAAAACUUUGUCCUGAAGCACACCGGACCUGGAGUCCUAUCUAUGGCUAACGCUGGUGCCAACACCAAUGGCUCCCAAUUUUUCAUCACCACUGUGAAGACCUCGUGGUUGGAUGGUAGACAUGUUGUCUUUGGAAAUGUCGUUGAAGGAAUGGAUGUGGUUAAACAAGUGGAAAGCCUGGGCUCACAGUCGGGCAAGCCAUCAAAGAAAGUAGUCAUCGCUGACUGUGGUCAACUUUCUUAAUUUAAUUCUGUAAUAUUAAAGUAUAAUGCAAUAUUUUAAGUUUAA